GCAAUUAAUGUUCUGUGCAGCUUAUACAUUUUGACUUUCAUCACUAGCUCACAGAACAAAAUCUAUUCUGCAUCCUUGCAACCUUGAGUAUACACACAUACAAUUCCCCAUUCCUUCAAGAUGCUCAUUUUCUCGAGUUCUUAUAAACCACUGCACAAGUUAAACAUUCACCAGUCUUUUAAAGCUAACGCUGAAGCAAAGUCUAGCUGUUUUACUCAAAGCAUGAUUUCCUGCAUGGAUGCCAACUAUUUCAAACAAGCAUUGAUGGUGAAGGAAGCUAAGCAUGUAUACAAGAAACUUAUUUGUGAGGAUCCAAUGGAGUGUUUGCAAAUGACUGACAUCAUCCAAAGGAUUGGCAUUGAACAUCACUUUGAAGAGGAGAUUGAAGCAGCUCUUCAAAAACAACAUUUGAUGUUGAGCAGCGAUCUCAGUGAUUUUGUCAAUAGCCAUCAACUCUAUGAAAUUGCACUUACAUUCCGCUUGCUGAGACAAGGAGGUCAUCAUGUCAGUGCAGAUUUAUUUGAAUUCUUGAAUUUUGACAAAAGAAAGUUCAAAGAAAAAUAUGGUGAAGAUGUGAAGGGUCUGAUUGCCCUGUAUGAAGCAUCCCAGCUAAGUAUUGAAGGGGAAGACAGACUUGACAAUACAGGGUACCUCGUCUGUGAGCUUCUUCGUGAAUGGUUAUCAAGACAUCAAGACAGUGGUGAAGCUACAAGUGUUGCCAACACUCUUCAGGAUCCAUUUCAUUAUGGCUUGUCAAGAUUCAUGGAUAGAAGAGUAUUACUCCGAGAUUUCAAGGCCAAGAAUGAAUGGACUUGUUUAGAGGAACUUGCUCAAAUCAAUUCAUGCAUAAUUACGUUCAUGAACCAGAAUGAAAUCAUUGAAGUUUCCAAAUGGUGGAGGGGCCUUAGAUUGGCUAAAGAGAUGGAGUUUGCCGGGUAUCAACCUCUUACGGGGUACAUGUGGCCAAUGGCAUGCUACACAGACCCACACUUAUCAAACGAAAGGAUUGAGAUCACCAAACCUAUUUCUCUAAUCUACAUUAUUGAUGACAUUUUUGAUGUCUAUGGGACAUUAGACCAACUUGCCUUAUUUACAGAUGCUGUUAACAGAUGGGAAUUGGCUGGCACUGAGCAACUUCCAGACUUCAUGAAAAGUUGUUUAAGUACUCUUUACAACAUUACCAAUGAUUUCGCUGAAAUGAUCUAUGAAAAGCAUGGUUUCAACCCUAUAGAUACACUUAAAAAAUCGUGGGUGCAAUUCUUGAAUGCUUGCUUAGUUUCUGCACAUUGGUUGAAAUCUAGUCACUUGCCAAAGGCAGAGGAGUACUUGAACAAUGAAAUUGUGAGCACAGGAGUGCACGUGAUGCUUAUCCAUGCAUUCUUCCUGUUGGAUCACGGUAUAACUAAGGAAACUGUUGCUAUUAUGGAAGACAACUUCCCCAAUAUUAUAUACUCAGUGGCGAAAAUUCUUCGUCAUUCUGAUGAUUUGGAGGGAGCUAAGAAUGAACAAAAUGGUCUUGAUGGGUCGUACCUGGAUUGCUAUAUGAAUGAACACCAAGACAUUUCAGCUGAAGAUGUACAUAGGCAUGUUGCUCACUUGAUUUUAGAUGAGUGGAAAUGUCUCAAUCGAGAAAUCCUCACCCCAAAUCCAUUUCCAUCAUCAUUUACCAAAAUCUGCCUCAAUGCGGCACGAAUGGUACCUCUAAUGUAUCACUACCAUAGCAAUCCAAGCCUCUCCAAUUUUCAGAAAGAUGUCAAGUCACUAGUUAAUGUUGGUGCUGAGAACGUAAAAUAUUUAUACGUUCUCAAAGGCGGUUAUUAGUUAUAAAAUAUUUUGUGGCAAGUUAAGUAGUUUCAAUACCACAAAGCAUGUCGAUUUCCUUAUCAUAAAUUCCAUACCUCUAAUUUUGUACUCAAGAAUAACUAAAUGGUAUUUUUCAU